GCCCAUCGCUUCGCCCCUCCCCCUGUGUACGCUAGGUAGUAGCCGCCGCCGCCGUCGUUGUCGCCCGGGGAGACUUUUCUCGGUCCAGGGACUGCAACAUGGCCGAGGCCCAGGUGACGUUCGACGACGCGGCCGUGUACUUCUCCGAGGAGCAAUGGAGGAACCUGGAAGACAUCCAGAAGAAGGUGUACAAGGAGCUGAUGAUCGAAAUCUACGAAACCAUGAUCUCCCUGGGAUACCGUAUACCGAAGCCAGAAAUCGUGUGCCGGAUAGAGCGAGGGGAAGAGCCCUGUUCCGAUUACUGCAAGAAAGCAAAGCUUCUGGAGUCACAGCCCCAGGGUCUGCCUGCCGGCAGCAAAGAUUGUGAACCUGCGAUAAAGACGGAGCCGGUGUCUCCCGGCACCUGCCGCCCUCCCUGCCCGGUCGAGAUCUCUUCCACCCAGGAGAGGAACGGCGGCCUUCCGUGCCAAGCGUGUGGCACCAACUGCAACAACCAAUGCGGGCCGAGCCACCCGUGGAACGCGCAGGGGAUGUACCUCGGAUCUCCCGUGGAUGGAAGCCAGGGAGCUCCCUGCUUUAACGGCAGCGCGUCCUCGCCUGGCUUCGCUAACCGACCGGAGGGAGCAACGCAGCCGACGUCCCCGUUAUCUCCUCAUUAUACCGGUUACCGGACUCCCGGGGAACCCAGCUCUCCAUAUGCCCUGAACGAAAGGCUGGGGAGACCAAUGUUUGGCAGCUACGAGACCAACCAUCAGUCGCCUCUGGGCACAGCUGGAAACCCCAUCGGAAGUCCAGAGCAAGAAAACCGUACCAUGAUGGAGCAGUACAUGCGCGAGAGCUCACAGGCCAUGCACCCCCAGGAUCGCAGGAACUCGGGACCCCCGUGCCCCAGCUGCGGAGCGUUUUGCAACAACCAGUGUGGGCUGAGCUUUCAGUGGGAACAGAAGAGGCCGGUUAACGCGGCUCCUUACGGUGCGGAUGGAAACAGAUACACGUCUCCUCCGAACCCUUCUCUCGCUGCAGCUUCCUCUCACUUUCCUAACGGGAGGCCUGGGGCGAGACACGGGACUCCUCCGGGGAACGCCCAGGGAAACAUGGCGAUGAUACAGCUGUCCUCGCACUACGCCGGCUACCGGAGGCCCAACAAUCCAACGUCUCCCAACGUUCUGCCGCCACGGACCGAGAACGCCUCGGUUUCUCUGUGCUCCACGGGAGGUCAUGCCGGGGUCGCAUACACCUGGGUGCAGAGCCAAGGGAAUAGGUGCGGCGUGUACCCCAACAGCGGGAAUCAGCGAAGGUCCCAGGCCUCGUUAUCAGCCACCGAGACUGUAUCUGUAUUCAACGGCAACGCCGGUGCCGGGGCAGCCAACGAGCAGAGGGCACGGCAGCCACCUCCAGCGGUGAGCAGCAGCAUUGGGAACCGAAACAAGGGAGGGAUGAACCAGAACCCUGCAGGAAAACAAACUAUCUGGCGUUUCUUAAGACAGUGUGCAGGGCAGUCCUCGGCCAACAAUAGCAAACCGCUACCGCCGGGGUCAGGUGGAGCCACCAGUCCGUCCACAACACUUUAUCAAAAUAAUAGUAGUGUUACCAAGAGUGCAAAACAGUCGCCUUCCCCCAACACCGGCCAGGAAUCCGGGCGCGCGGGAGCAACAGCCAGCCAAAGCGAUGGUGGCCGAGGGAAACGCGCUGGCCCGCCGCUGGCUUCUGACUGUGCUCCUCCUACCAAAAGGGCCAGCCCCCCUAUAAUUAUCAUCGACGGCCAAGAAGAAAACGGCGCAUCGCCCCCGGUUAAUGCAGGUAAUGGCCACCGCUUUACCCCUCCUGCUGCGAAGCCCGCAAAUCCAGCUCCGGGUCUGAGUAGCGGGAGCCAAGAUGUCAGAAACACCGCGCUGCCUGAAAACAAAGAUGGGAAUGGAACCAAACGGCCUUGGAUCACCAUUAGCAGUAUUAGGAGCGCUGGGGUGUUCGGUCCCCCUUCAUUCAAGUCUAGAACCAGGGAAACCGGAGGUUCCACGUCCCCAAUAAUUAUCAUUGAUGACGGAGAAAAUAAGGAAAGCAGCCCUCCGAGAUCUGCAGCCAGCGCUCCUAGUAACGAGUCAAAGAGUUCUUCGGCCGAGGCUUCCCCUGCUGCAAACGUCAAACCCAGCGUAGAUCCUCCAACCCAGACUCCCGUUACUAAAAUCCAGGCGCAGAACGCGCCCCAAGGUAAUCCUGUCUUGGUCAAUAACAUACAAAUGCAGCAACCUUCCAACAUCAUUGUGACCGGGAAUCCAGGCCUGGGGAAUUCGGCCGUCCCGGUCUCGGUAAAUGGAAAUCAGAGCAUUAUGUUGACUUUUCCCGUCACUGUAAGCAGCUCCGGCAUCAUGCUGGCUACACCCAUGAAAAUUUCUGAAAACCAAGUUGCCGGAAUGAAGCCCGUUAAUAGGGUGACCAUUGGCAAGAACCCUCGACCUGUACAAACCAAUACGGCCCCCCGGACCACCGCAGCAGGGACCAGGAGCUCCACCUAUGCUCCUGUGACACUAAUUGGUCAAACAAACAUGUCUAUGGCUCCCAGCCAAGCCAAAGCGGCGCCUGUGACUCUGAUUGGUCAAACAAAUAUGUCGUUGCCUUCUGGCCAAGCCAAACCCGUUACCAUAGGCGUUAAUCAGAAGACUACUAACCUAGUCAGAAAUCCGAACGUGAGCAAUGCAAGCGUCCAGAAAGUCAACAACACGACCCUAAAAGCUGUCCCCGUCAAGAUGAAUGCAAACCAAGGUGUGGGGCAGGCCAUCCCUGUCUUUAUGGGUCCAAAUUCAGGCAUUAUUCUUACUGGACCAACCGUUGCUAACAAGGAUUCUUCUGGGAACCCUACAGUUGUCAGGGUUAAUGGGAACGUCGUCACGGGAAACGUCACUCUUGGUGGGAAGUUGGCUUUUGGCAAACUUACUCCAGUUACACCCAUUUUCACUGUGAACAAUGCGUUGGGUAUCAGAAAUGGUGUUCCUGUCACGCUUACAAGCAAUCCCACCACUGUCAAUAACAAUGGAACUCUAAGUAUCAAUAACCAUCAGAUCCUCACCUUAAAUGGGGGGGUGAGUGUCGGGAGGGCAGGAACCGCUGGGAAUACGGGUUCUGUUAACACAACAGCUGGUCAAGCUGGUGGUAUGGUGCUAAGAAAACUUGAUGAGCCAAGCGCUCCACCGAAUGUCCAACGGACGGUGACCAACACGGAACCGCCUCGCGCCGUCACGGGUAGACCUUUUAAAUGUGAUCAGUGUGAAGUGACAUUUAGCACCGUCGAACGCUUAAACUCCCACCAGAAAAUCCACAGACAGCCAAAUCACCCAACUGAAGGACCUUCCAAAGAGACUUCUGAGAACGAGGCCUUAGGAAAACCCAACGGGGACUCUCCAACUAUCCUGUAUACCACCCAGGGAGACGAUGGGAGCACGGUGUACGUGGUUACCGUAUAGACCGGCUGUCAACGAAUGGGAAGAGUAUUGAGACUGCAAAGUAUUAAUGUGACCCACGGCUGGAAAUGUGCUUUUUUUGUUUUUUUUUGUAUUCUACUGCCUGUUUCUUGAGCGUUCGGCACACAAGUGAGAUCGGUGUAGAAUGUUCAAGGAACAAUAAAAAGAAAUACAUUGUUACACGCGCUGUUCGUUUCCGCUUGUCCGAUGACAGGUAGGAAAUCGCAGGAGAUUGUGUACGAUACCCGUAUAGCGUAUAACCUUUCCCCCUUCCGAUGAGCUCAUUUUUCUUCGAAAGAUAACAUUCCAAUAAAUCUCUGCUCCCUGGAAAGGUCCUUCCACACAACCUCGGGCGGCGCAUAUAUAUUUAAGGUGCUUCUUUUUAAAACCGUGUGCACAAACUUUCUUACUUUAGUAAAUAAACGAUUCAUUUGUAAA